GUCUGUGAAUUGUUUCCUCCGGCCUGUGCUGAGCUCCGGGAGCAGCGUCGCCCCACAGCCGCGCCUCUGCCCGCCGCUCCAGGUCUCUGUGUCUGCUGUUUUUUUCUAUGUGUGUUUAGACUCUAAACACAGCUCGGCCAGUACACAGCGUGUGGGAGGUCGGUGUGUUUUACAGGAGGAGCUAAGCUAGCUUCGUGAGCCACCGUAAGCAUGGCGGAGGUCCCUGGUCCGUCCAGCGAGACGAUAACGGAGACGGUGCCGACGGCCGCGCCUCCUCCGCCGCCUCAGCAGGAGGGAAGAAGUUUGACCAUCAAGCUUCGAAAAAGGAAGACUGAGAAAAAGGUGGAGUGGUCCAGUGACACGGUGGACAACGAGCACUUGGGAAGGAGGUCCUCAAAGUGUUGUUGUGUUUACGAGAAGCCUCGGCAGUUUGGAGAGUCUUCCACAGAGAGUGAGGGAGAGGAUGAAGAAGGCUGUGGCAGUGCACACUGCAUUCUGGGACACGGGAGAGGUCAUGGACAGAGAGGGAGCGGUGGGGCCACGGCGCCCCCUGGCUCCGGGGGUACAAACCCUCACUAAUCACAAAUGAAAGGGAAGUUAUUUGGUGGCAAAAAAAGAGUAAAGGGCAGGGUGGACAACACAUUCAUUAUUUCACAUCCAACUACUCACAUUGAAACCAGUCACUGCAUUGCUGUGUUCCAAAUAGCAGUUUGAUGAAGAGCGGAUGCUUGUAGGUAAAUGCAGGAUGACCCCCCCCCCCCCCCCCUUUUUUUUUUUUUCUUCUCCUUUUUUUCCAGAUGUCUUUUAGCAAUGUGAAUAGUGGGAAGACUAGACAGAUCUUACCAUCUGAAUGCUGUGGGAAUUUUGAAUUCGUUGUACAUAGGAAAGUGGAUUUUACUUUUUUUUUUUUUUGUAAAGUGUUUAUUUAUUUGUCUUAAACAUUCACAUCAGAUCAUACCAGUUCAGUCUCCUUCCACUGUUUCUUCUUCUUUUAAUGCCAGUAAAGCAGAACCAGGAACCCUAAAUUGGGCUUAAGCAGUGGAUGUGUAGUCUAGUGGCAAAUUGCAGUAAAUAUCUUACAAUGUCUGGGCACCAAACUGGCGCCUGCAGUUUAGAACAUAAGGUUCUGAGAGUUGGGCUGCACAAUUUGGAGUAUAUUGUACAAUAUUGCAGAUAUGGUGCAUUUGCAGUAUGUCUUGUCACUAGUAAAAAUACCUCCAUUAAAGAUUGGUCUCAGUGGUGUAACUACCCGAGGGGACAGGCAGGGCAGUUACACCUGGGUGCAGUGGUUCAAGUACAACAGAUCCCCCUAAAAUCAUUAUUGGGUAUUGUAUACAGACACUGAUACAUUUAUAUUUUCUUUCAUAAAUUGUAAAACAAUCUGUGUCAUUCUUGUCUGUAUUUACACUGACUUUUUAAUAAGUAAAAUAAAUCUUAAUUAUUUUUAGAUUUGAAAAAAUAAAUAAAUUAAUUAAUAACAUGCAUGCAUAAUCCCUCCCACUUAUUUGACAACUCAAUUAAUCUGUCAAAAAUUAUUUACUUCAAAUAAGGAAUAAAAAAAUAAAUAUAAUUGCUAUGUCACAGAAGUUCUCAGAAAUCUCUGUAGCCGAUGAAUAUAUGAUGCAUUAUUAGAAUGAAUUUUAAAGGUAAACAUUAGAUAUCUCUUCUUUGAGACCUAAUAGCAAGUUAAGUUAGAAAUGUAAGUAAUUAAUUUUCAUAUUGGGAUAAACAGAAUAUUUUGUUGCACAGAGACCCGUAAGAUCCUACUUACGCCACUGAUUGGUCUGCCUUAUUGAAGCCAAAAUGAUUUCUCAUUAUUGGACAAUAUGAGCACUCAUUCAUCAGAACAUCAAUGGAAAUUCAUCGGAAUAAUCUGUGAUUGGUCAGGGUGCAAAGGGCUUAUUCGCAUAUUACUGCCUUUUGCAAUGUCACAGUCAUACAGGCCAAGAUUGCAAUAACGAACAGUGUAUUCUGCAGCCAUAAUGACUAAUCCAAAAACCUUUGGGGUUGUAUAUCUCAAAGUACUAGGAAAGGAAACUUUAAGAAAGUAACACAAUGAGACCUGUUCAGAAUAGUAUUAUUGUCUGUAUAGACACAAAUAAGAGAAUUCCUCAAGCUUAUGAUUAAUGCAGUGCUUUUUCUUUCUUUCUUGUUGCGAUGAUUCAAGUUUAUGGAUUUUUACUGUGUGUGUAAAUGAAAUGUGUUUUCACGCUGCGCAAAGUUAAAUGAAGAUAUUGGGAGACGUUCACUCAUCCACAGUGUAUAAUUUUCUCCAUCCUUCAUCUCGUUUACUAGUAAAACUACUGAUUCUGUUCUUUGACAAUCAGAGUAUGAUGAGGCAAAAGAUGCGUGUACAUACAAAAAACAGGAAGCUUCACCAUGGAAACUGUUUCAGGAGAAGAAACAGAGCUAAUGGUUUUGAUUAAAAUUGACAAACAUCAAAACAUCCUGUCUCCUUUAUAUCUGGUAGUGUAAAGGUAACAAAGACCAUGAAAAACAAUACACAAAUUAGAGGAAUGAUGUACUAUACAAUUAUGAUGUCAGUGUGCAAAUACAAAAACAUUUAAUGUUACUUUAAAAAGUACAAGUGUGCUGGAUACGAAGAAAUUGCUUUUAAAACCCACUUAUGCAGUUGGACAUUUACCAAUAUUUUAUCUGAGAUUUGUUUAUCUUAUGGUUCUAAGGGUAAAUUUUCUGUUAGGACUUUUCUCCAUAAUUUUUUACGUUUUUAGAAAGGUAAUGGUGAAUUGUGGUAAAUUACACAUUAAUACCAGUAGUAUCUAAAAUUGACCUUCAGAAUUCUUCAGUGUGUCUUAAACUGUUUCUAUUUAAUGGUUAGUUACCCAUACAAUAACUUUCACACAUUUCUCUCACUGGUUUCUACAGUGGCUUCUUCAAUAAUUUUUGAGUCAACACACUGAUUAUAAUACCGAUAAACACUGAAAUAUUCCUUUAUGGUUGAGUCCCAGUCACGACUAUAGUGUUAAAACUCUAUCUAUUCAUUUUCACAUUGAUAUUCACUCUUGUGUUGUAAGCUCCACACACCAGAGCCACAUCUCCACCCUUAUUGGUGCAUGCAGUGAGGAAAAUCAAAACAGUGGAAUGUGAAGUACCCAUGUAACACCUAUGGUAUUACAUAAGGCCCCCAGUGAGUGUUUUUAUGGUGUAAAAAUGAGAGAAUAUGCUGGUUAUGAAUCUGUGUUUUAGUCGAGCAUUCCACUCAGAGCUCUACAGUUCAGGUUGAGUUUUAAAGCAGGUUAGUGAUGGAGUUGGGGGCUCAGCAAAGUUUGAACAACAAAAAAAAGCUUCCUCUGAGGUUCUUACAACUGUUUACAGGUCUUUCCUCUGCAGAAUUUUGUAACACCAGGAUGUAUGCCACCAUUUUCUACUAAGUGAUCAGACAAGUAUUGAGGCUUCCUGUAAUGUGAAUGCACUUGUAUGUACAUAGCAAAAGUCGUAAACAGAGCUGAUUUAACAUGAAUAAAGAGAUCAAGUGGAUACCAUCA